GCACACUACAACUUCGAAUGGUCUCGGCCUGCCAUUUCUGGCUUUUGGUGACUUAAUUAAUUUGUGACUGAGACCCGUAGUAAAGUAGUCAGCCCUACACGUACGCAGAGGCGGUAUGGAUGAGAUUUGAACCCCGGUCAUGCCGAGUGAAGGCCAUAUCUCCUUUUUUUCUUUUGAGUGGUCUCAAAUGGCUUCCAAGACUCUCUUGCUCGGUGUCAUUCUCAAGCACAUUUCUAGCCCAUCGGUCUCGUGAAAGCCUUGCGGGAUCCAUCUAGCGACAAUUCUUCUGAACAUAAUCCUCCACACGUGCCUAACGGCCAUUUUGAACCAGUCGAACCCUUGAAUGCCGCACCACUGCAAACGCCCCGAUGUCGUCAGGGACUUCUAUAUUCGCCAGGACAUGUCUCGUGGCACGUGACGGGACGGAUCCUGCGCACUGGUUCACGUUCCUCCUGCAGCGAGAACUCCACCCCCAAAACCCGCGCACCCCAAAACAAUCCUCGUGUACGUGCAUUGGUAUGCGCUGCUGAAGGAUGCCACCAGCAUCCGACGUGGUGUUGGUGGUAUUGGUGGCGCGCAACAACGAGAGCAAACUCAUUUCGCCUGUCAAAAGUUUGGUGAACUGUGUGUGCGUGCGUGUUUGCUUGCGUAUGCUUAUCUCUAGCGCCUUUGCGCGGACAGGGAAGUAAACAGUUUUUAUUGGCAACUACAGGCAGCAAAAGUUUGACGCUUUUUUGAGUGGGUUUAAGGCUUCGCAUAAAUGUGCGGGGGGUGCUCCCGUCGAACAUUGACCCAAUAGUUGGAGAGUCCUUUGAUGCGUCCCGGAUCAAAUCGCUGGAAGGACCCUUCGCACACGCGAUGCUUUGCUAAAGCGUGGGGAUUGUCCCAGUGUCCGCUAGGAAGGAGAGACACCAAACACACAAGCAGAGGGUGCGGACCAGAUCGAAUCAUUGGACAUGGGAGCAGUGUGUAGUGUGCAAGUAACAUGUUGUGAACCUCCUGUCCGGAGGGAAGGACUUUAGGCCCUCCGUCGUGUGGAUAGGACAAAACGGGGCACGAUUGUAUAAUACGAGAAUGUGUAGCAGCAGCAGUAGUAGCCACGCAUCACCAGAUCAGAGUACAAUAAUAAUAACCGACGCCACGACGUUCGCUUAGGAUAGUGGAGUGGAGGGCGAAGUGGUCCCCAUAGUGUGAUAGCUGCCCGCCAUAGCCGAUAACCGAUAGUACAACAUCCAGCAACAAUAUUAGCAGUAUCUUUACUCCCCGGAUAGUAGCAGUUUAUAGUAUUUUGUGUCCGUUUGUUUUUCGUCGACUCCUGGCACCCGGAACCGAUGGUUAAAGUUCCGACGUUCACCCAUCCAACCUCGUAACAAGCGCGUAAGACCGAGCUGGUGGUGCGCUUUCGUCAGUUAGUUCUAACGUCUGAAGUGCUAAAGGGCUCAACCAUGCACGGGUAUCCCUUCAUGCAGGUUGUCCAGUACAGUGUGCCCACGUGCACCUGGGCACCACCGCCAGUUGAACCACCGCGUCCACCAUCGGCAACAGCGGCUUCCUCAACAUCCGGCGUCCGGAAGUACGUCAUCUGGUGCUUGAUAUGUGGCGGCAUCUCCAGUCUGCUCGGUGUGCUGUUUCUCGGCAUCUACUUCCUGCUACACUCGUAUACGAGCACGGUCGGGUACUUCGAAACUGUGCCCACGUUCGUGCCUGCUACCUUUCUCAUGCUGACGGGUAUCUGUAUAAUGAGCCUGGCGAGGCGUCGCAACCGGUACAGCUAUCUGAUCAAACUGUCGGGAGCCUGUGGGCUGGCAUCGGCACUGACCUGUGCCCUCGUGACGGUAACCACGACCGUCCUCCACAUGAGCCGUCUCCAGGUGCUGCGAGAAUGCGAGUACACACUGAAAACACGUACCUGCACCUGUUACUCGGUGACGGCGGACAAGCAGACGGAACCGGGCGGUGUGGACGACAGUGUGCGGUUCGUGUUCGAUUCCACGUCUGCGGACUGCGGUGUGGUGCACGGCGCGCUCUACUCCUGUCUGCGUGCCGUGUUCGGUCUGUCCGUCGCCGGUGUACUGGUGGCCGUAUUCAGCUGCAUGCUCGUGUACCAGCUGUUAAGCCACGAGCGGAAAAAGAUGUACUGGGAGCAGCUCGAGCUGCGGUGCCGUUCGCUUUACUCCGGCCACCAGGGUCCAGCCUCCGUACAGCCGCCCGGACCGGCCAUGCUAGGAGGUGGUGCGAGCGGUGGGUUAGGAGGUGCCAGUGGCCGGGCUGUUAACUGUCGCUGCUGCGAACAGUGCCAUGCACACCGGAACGUGCUACCGUCGGCCUACCCGUGGGAAGGUGACCAGCGGUUCUGGACACCGGGACAGGCCGGUAACUUCUAUUCACCGAAUCCGGGCGGUGAUGAGCCGGGAACGGGGGGACGGCUGAACGCUAGCGGACGUCGUAUGCCGGGAUGGAGCUGGCCCCGGAUGCCCUGGCAGCGAAACGAUGCUUCCCAGCGGCUUUCACCGCACAGUCCCGACUCGCAGUACGGGUUCUCGAAUCGGGCGGGCGUGGUUGGGCCGGGUAUGAUGCCGCCGGGCGCUGGUGCUGGCACGCUGCUCGGUGAUCCGUCGGUCGGUCAGCCACGGUACAACGUGAUCGACCAGCAGUACGGUAUCUGGGGUCCACCGCCACCGUACAGCGAUCCCAACAGUCCGGCCCGCCGCGGACGCUACCAGUACAUGCAUCCGGGCCAGUGCGGUCCACCGCUGAUCGAUCCGACCGGUAUGGGGCCGGCGGGCUCUUCGAUGCUAGCGCCCAAUGCUGCGGGACCGGCCGGGCCCGGCAUCGCCAUACUCGAGUGCCAUCAACAUUCGGUGAUGGGUGUGGACGUGCACGGCAUCCCGCAGCAGUACGUCGGUGGACAGACGAGCCUGACGAACGGUUCGGGACAGGCGGCCCUACCUGCCAGCUAUGGUCGGGGCGGUGUAACCGGCAACGGGGGAGGAUCUUCCGGUGGUUCCAAUGUUGGUGGUGGUGGUGGUGGCAGCAAUGUUGGUAGUAAAAGCAGACAGCAGCAAGCCGGUGGGUACAGUAAGCCUUCGGCGAAAGAGAGCUACGAAAACGCUCCCUCCGACAGUGACGGUCCGGGGCGGGAUCGGUUUUCCAACACGCUGCCACUGCGCAAGGCGAAGAAACGGGUUGAGGCGGGUGCGAAAAGCAUCGGUCCAGCGUCCAACAACGGCCAACCAACGAGCGGUGGCCGGGUAAAUGUACAAAACGUGUUCGGAGCGAACCAGCAGGUUCCGGCAGGUGGGCCCGGUUCGCUCGAAACGUCCGAGAACGAGUAUAACGAGCCGAACCUUCCAUCUCCAAACCCCGGUGGUCCCGAUGAGUGUUCGGGUCGCGGAGGAUCACCGCACACCGGCGCUGCUCUACACGGCAUGUCGACCGCUGCAGCAGCAGCACUAGCGUCGGGCCAUCCACCAAGGAACCGGCGCCAGAAGCUGCCGAGCACGCUGGGCAUCGAAAACAGCGGAUUCCAGACGGUGGAAGCACUGGAAGCCGAAGCAGCGUCAGCAGCCACCGGCAAGCUGCUGGAACCGACCGAGUCCGAGGUGUACUUUGCGGACGUCAGCAGCUGCUGCAACAUGUCCGUGAAGAACGACAGCUACUACGACGAUGCGAACCAAAGACGUAAGAAGGAGAAGCAGCAACAGCAGGACCAAGCGGACGACUACAUUGCGCAGCGGUUUGGCAAGCGGGAGUCAUCGGUCCGCAGCCGGCAACCCUUUCCCCAGACCGUGCACGGCGAUAAGCCCCCGGUAAUGCCACGGUCCUCCCUGCUGCCGAAGGAUCACUCCCGCCAGAGCAUGUGUUCGAUGGAUUCGGGCGAACGGACGGACUACACCGACCUGUCGCCGGCCACCCCCAGUACAAACUUCCCGUCGAUCGGUGGUGGUGUCCCCGGUAGCGGGAAGCCACCUCAGCAAACCUCACCGAACGAUGGCACCAACGCUCUCCAUCGGACCGCGGAACACGGCGAACAGCACGGUCCGGUAGUGGUCGGUGGUGGUGGUGGCGGUGGUGGCUGUAACUUUAUCGCCUCGUACCCGUACUCCUCGAACGAGCAGAGCCAGGAGGCACACCGACGCUCGACCAAGAACCUGCACGACAUCUUCCUGGCGCCCGACUCGCAGUACGAGGUAAUGAAGGAAUUGCAUAGAUUUAAGUCGACCCCACUAACGCUAACACCCUUCGAACCACCGGAACACGGUGGCCGUUCAUCAUCAUCGUCCUGUCAGGAUAUGGCCGGCCCGUUUCCUUCCGCGUCCGCGGCUGUCGUCGGUAGCGAUCGGACCGACCGUACCGGGGCGGGACAGCCAGCGACCACCGGCAGCACCAAACCAAAGUCACCGAAGAAUCUCAACAUUACGCCCAUCAAGCGGCAGAGCCUGGGCACCAACAUUAGCUCGAUCAUCCAGAACCUGAGCGGCAGCGAUGUGGGGCUGCUGUAUCCCGAGGGUCGCAGCCACGGGCCGUCCCAAUCAGCGUACCACCAAAGUGUCAUCGGAUCGGAAGGUUCGUCCGGUGGAGGGGUGGAGGGCAGCGGCAGGAGCGGCAGACCCGGCGGGGAUGUGAACGAUAGUGUGAGCAGCAACGAGGAUAACGAAGAGCAUCCGAUCGAUGGUGAGCGGAGACGGGGGUUGACCGGCGAUCGCCGCUUGUGAGACGAAGUGUAUGUGUGAGGCGAGCCUCACAGGGUUUUGUGUGUCCAGGAGGAAGGUUCGAGUGUCAUUAGCAGUACAGCUCGACGCUAGUAGCAUUUUGCCGAUGGAAUCUCUGUAAGGGAAGAAUUGAUGAUAUACGCUGGUUAACGUAUUGCAUUGCACACAAUGAGUUCCAUCCUUUUGAUCGAUAUUUAACUCAGAUUCUAGGGCUGAGGACAACUGCUUUAUCAGAUAAGGCGAAGGCGCGUGUUCAAAAUCCUCAUCCUCGGGUGUUCACCGCAUAUUUUUGAACGACCGAUCGUUAGUACCUCCUUCAGGAGGUCGGUAGUUGCCAUCAAGAACAAAGUCACAGUACUCGCCGCUGACAGGUGCAGGUGAACGUCAGGUUGUGUGCUAAUGCAUACGUUAACCGGCCGUCACAUCAUUACUCAACAGCAAAGGAGAAUAGUUCUUUUUUUUCUUCUGUGCCACCAUUACUUAGCAUGAGUAAAGCCAGGAUAGCUAUCCAUUAGCCGAGUAAAGAGACACGGUUUAAGGGCUAGGCGUCGUCAGAACCCAUCCAACCCGGAACUAUCGCGUCCAAAAAACCUUUUGCGUUAGCCGUUCAAUCCCACUUCCGAUGUGUUCCGGAAAUGUUCUAAUGUUUUCUCCUCGUGAAUAAAUUUUGACACCUCAGACACACCGGUGCCGGCUCGCUAACUGAUGAUCUCCAGUACGUUGUUGUUGUGUAGCUUUAAUACAAUUCUCGACUCGUUAGCAGUCUACACGGUUGGAUCUUCCAGUUUAAGGCUCUUCCCGCGCGUGUCCUCCGCAGUUUAGUUGUCAGGUCGCGUGUCACGCACGAGUGACAGUAAUUAGUAGCUUAGCGUUUAGUGUACAUACACGUAUAUCUGCCAGCAUCACUUGUGUAGACAAAGCAAAGUAGCAAAAUUUGUACCUCUCCUUGCGGGCGCCUCUGUUAAUCUAGAUAAAGCUUUACAUCGCCAAUUACUGUUGUUGUUGUUGAGGAGUGGUCCGAAUUUGUUGGGUUUCAAUCAUUUGUAAACUGGUAGCUUUUCGUCCGGUCAAAUCUCUUGGAAAAAAGGGACAACUUGUUCCAUCCUCGGCUGGUCCAGCGAAAAAAAAAAAAAAACAUUAACCCUUAGUAAGCGUAAGUCCUUAGUGCAAAAACAGAACGUAGAGUGUAGUUCCCAAAUUAGCCCCAACUCUAACAGUACAGCAAAACAGUGUUAGUUAAUCAGGCUCAAACUACGGCUAGUAGCGAUGGAAGGAGGACGAUGUUCCCUUGACGUUCACGGUAUCGUGGGUUCCGCGGCACGAGGCGGCCAUGUUUUUUUUUUAUUUGGUUUGUAUGCUACAAUCACGAGUUGUACGGUGGUACGGGUUGUAGUGGAAGUGGUAGCAAAACAGGUACAACAACUAUAGUGUAAGUAACGCUUACGAGCGCUUGGUGCGGUUUCUAGUGCGUGAGACAAACAAUACUCGAACACAAAUCGUGCACAUCUAGCAAUCCAGGAUGGUGUGUGUGUGAGUGUGUGUGAGUGCUUUGUGUUUAAGUGUCUGUCGGUAGGAAACGCGGAAAAUGGAAAAUUAAAUAUUAUGUACUGAUUUGUUAAAGGAAAACAAACAAAAACCUGCCACACACACACAGAGACAGAAACGCACGCAUCAUCGCACACACCGUUUUGGUGAUGCGUGAAAUAAGGCUAUUAAUAAAAAACAAUCAAACAAAAUGGAUGCGAAGAUACAAGUUUGAUUGAGAAUUGGAAGCAAA